CGUACUCCAAUUGCCCUAACUGAUAAUGAAAAGAUAAUGGUAUUAUCUGUUCACCGUUAUCUUCAAAAAAAUAUGCCCAAACUAAAGUCAAAGGAAGCCACCAAUCUUCGUAAAGAAGUUUCCUUGGCAACAGGAGUUGGUGAAGCAACCGUCGCCCGUGUAGUUGCUGAUUUUAAUAAGACUGGAAAGAUUGUAUCAUCAAAACAAGAUCAACGGGCUCCCAAAGAGUUUCAAGCAGAAUAUGUAGAUAAAAUUCACGACUUAGUUAUUUCUGCAAAUCGAAGUGGCUUUCCUCUUUCCCUUAAAUUCCUUGUCCAAGAAUUAUUUGAAUCGGGCUUUAAAAGG